AUGGCAGAUUCUGAGGAACCCAAGGCCAAAAGGGCCAAAACUUCAGAUGAUGGUAUGAGCAUUGAAAAGUGGGCACCCAAGUCCAUAACUUCUAUAGAGGACAAGUUUGCUUUUAAUUCUACCACCUACCAUUCUGCCAUACCAGAGGUGAUCAAGAAUAAUCCUGGAGAACCAAUAGUCCUAGGCGUCGACGAGGCCGGAAGAGGACCAGUCUUAGGCCCAAUGGUUUACGGCAUCUCGUAUUGCACGGAAGAAUACCACAGCCUGCUCAAACUGAAUUAUGGUUUUGCUGAUUCCAAGACAUUGAAGGAUUCCAGACGUCAAGAGCUCUUCGAGUUGAUAGAUCAGGAGGACCAUGAGCUUUACAAAAAUGUUGGCUGGGCCACACGUACAAUGACUGCUAAGGAUAUCUCCAGUGGUAUGCUUCGAAGCGCAUUAGACGCUGGUGCGUACAAUUUGAAUGAACAAGCACACGAUACUACAAUUGCACUCAUUUCUGAAGUUAUCAAAUCAGGCGUCAACGUCCGUAAAAUUUUUGUUGACACGGUUGGACCUCCAGCAUCCUACCAGGCCAAGCUACAACGUGUGUUUGGCAAUGCCGAUGUGACCGUUACGAAAAAGGCCGACAGCAUCUUUCCAAUUGUUAGUACUGCGUCUGUCGUGGCUAAGGUCACACGAGACUUGAAUUUGCAAUAUUUUAACAAGCACAUAGACAUGGUCAAAGGUCAUGACCUAGGUUCGGGUUACCCAUCAGACCCCAGAACGAGUCGUUGGCUCAAGGAGAACGUUGAUCCUGUGUUCGGCUGGCAUCAUGGACUCGUUAGAUUUCUGUGGCAGACUGCCAAAGAUGCACUUGAAAAGGCAGGUGCUGCUAAAGUCAUUUACGAAGAGGAGUGUGUCAAGGACAAUGGCUACAAGGACGUGGCGAGCAUGUUUGACAAGCCUGUGGGUUUGGUCAGCCAGCUGUUUUACGGUGAGCCCGCCCUUCUAUAG